AUGUUUAUGGAUAUGGUCUCAGCGACUGAUCGUGCCGAAUGGCAAAUAAUCGAAGAUAAAUUGUAUCAAGUUCGAUUCGAAUUCAAAUUAAAGACGAAAUCUUCGAAUGCUACUAAUGGAGAUGAGAACAAUCAUAUUGAUUCAUCUGAUGAGGAUAAUGACGCCUUUGAACGAUUCAAAAAUAUUCGCAGUCUUUGUGAUCAAUUUGCAUGGAAUGUAUUAAACAAUAAUUCACAUAUCUUUACAUUUACUGCUUACAAGAUCUGGGAUAAAUUGGUUUGUUCAUUAAGCGAUAUUGAUCUCAAUUCAACUUAUGAACAUCAACUUAGUACUUGGAUUAUUGUCUAUGGAUUAUUUGCGAAUUUACCACAUGUCGCUUUACUUUCAUACAGUAAUGCAGAAUUUGGCACGCGUCUUCUAUUUGAUUUAUAUCAUAAAUAUCCAGAGACAGAAACCAAAGAAACAGAAUUUCUUCCAAAACCGCAGCAGAUAACACCAUCAUCAGAUGUUAAUUCAAGUGAUGUUCGAUCAACUCUUCAAAAAUAUCUCGAUCAAAUUUAUCAAUGGGAUAGAGAUUUUUUAUUUAGUUCUAUAGUUAUAUCUACAUACACGGUGAAUUUCAUCAUUCUAUAUCAUUUAGCAUGCACAUUCAGCUUUCUUUAUACAACAAGAAUGAUGAGUCCAAUAUCAUUUAUGACAAAUAGUCUUGAACAGAUGCUCAAUAUUAAGAUUGAAGAUAGAUUAUUUCAUACGGAAAUUAUUCUUAGCGCUAUUAUUACAGCAUUGAUCUAUGAUUGUUUUAUCGGUAUUGUAUCUUCAAUUAUUCGUUUAAUCAUGGGACUAUUAUUUAAUAUAGCAUAUAUGAAUCGCAUUGAUUUCUGUCUUUAUCGAGAUCCAUUGGAAAAAUUUGAUGUACAAGCAAUUGAUCUCACUGAACCGUCUCGUGAAGACACUGAAUCCAAUGAUGACUCUUCUUCGCUAGGCAGUUCACCGAAAGAGAACGGUUCUGAGGAUACAUCGAAGAUCAAUGAUUCUAUUUUCCCAGAUGGUAGUAAUAAUGUUUUAGAAGAAAAACUGUUGCGUUUCCUUCAACAUUGGAAUAAAAAUAUUCAAAGAAAUCAUCCAACAGAAGUAUUAGGUUCAUAUACUAUAAAUCAACAACUUCGUCGUAUUCAUUGUAAAAAAAUUAAUAUACAGCCAGAUGGAAACUGUUUUUUUCGAGCAAUUUCGCAUCAACAAUAUGAGAGCGAAAAUGAGCAUUCAAGUAUUCGAUCUCAAGCAGUAAAUUACAUUAAACUAAAUAUGAACGUCUUUGCACCGUUUAUCGAUAAACGUAGAGAUCCAACAAUACAAAGGUAUAUUGAACGAAUGGAACAAGAAGGAACUUAUGCUGAUCAUUUAUCAAUUUCAGCUACAGCAGUUGUCAUCAACAAAAAUAUAAUUGUUCAUGAAAUAGGUCAAAUACCAUUGUUAAUUCCUGGUUCCAGGUCUCAUUGUUAA